AUGCCUCGAUUGAUUGGUUGGAUGAAACAAUCACCUAGUAGGAAUAACCAACAAGAAGCUGCGGAUGAUAUUUCACAAGUUGUUUCAAAGUCGAUAUCGGAAAGUUUAAUUUCCACAUCGGAAACAGUAGUGGAAAGUACUACCAUCAAGAAAUCUAAUUCUACAUGUAUUAUUGUCAAGACAUCUUCUGAUCUUUUUCUUGAUGAAAUUUCAAUUCAUAUUGCUGAAUAUUUGGAUUUGAAAAAUUUAAAUUCUUUUGCUCGAGUUGACUCGAAUUUAUUGAAAUUAUUAUUUAAUAGACAAGUUAAUGAAACAAAACCUAUCAAUUAUGUAUUGGACGAAAAUUCAGAUUUUGAAAGGAUUCAAUAA